AUUUUUAUUUUUUUAUUUUUUUACCUUAACAUUUUGAGCACUCUUCACGCCGUCGAUUCGGAUUUUGAAACGCGCAUAAUUUCACUAUAGAGGCAAAUGCAGCAGGCCAGAAACGCAAUGAAGUUGCUGCCGGGGCUCUUCCGGCAGUCGCUCUCCUUCCAGCAGACACGCGGCCUGAUCACCGCCGAGACACAAGUGCCGUCUGUUCUGCGGCCUAUCGGAUCCAGCCGUAAGGUUGCGCCAUCCGCAGGCGAGAUCGGUGCCCUGAACUGGCCCUUGCCACAGAGCUUGUGCGCAGUCAACCCGCUCCCCGAGACAGUGCAGGCGUGGAUGAUGGACUUUGAGACCAACGAGCCACUGGAUAUCCUGGACGUCCAGCGCAGUGUCUUUGCGGCCCCGAUUCGCACAGAUAUCAUUCACCGCGUCGUGACGUACGAGCGCAACAUGUUGCGUCAAGGUACGCAUAACUCGCGCACGCGCAGUGAGGUGCGCGGAUCGACGCGCAAGGUUCAGCCGCAGAAGGGUCUCGGAAGAGCCCGGCACGGCACGAGGCGCGCGCCGCAGUUUGUGGGUGGCGCGAAGGCUCACGGCCCAGUUCCGCGCAGCCACGAGACCCAGAUCCAGCGCAAGGUGUGGCUGAUGGCCCUGCGCUCGGUUCUGUCAGCCAAGUAUGCCCAGGACCAGCUUGUCAUUGUUGAUAACAUGGAGGUCGAGUCUCACCGGACCCGCGAUCUGAUCCGCAUGCUGCAGGUCAACGGCUGGUCGCCCCUGGCCUCGACAGGCAGGCACCCCAGCGUCAUGAUGAUGCCCCUGAUGGAGGAGGAGCAGUCACCGCUGCUGCAGAACCUGGAGCUCGCCAGCCGCAACAUCCCCGGGCUUUCCUUGAUGAAUGCCAGCGACGCUGAGGUCUACGAGAUCCUCCGCCACGACUACCUCAUCAUGGACCGCAAGGCACUGGACCUGCUCGAGAGCAUUCUCAAGCCCAUGUAAACAACAAAAUCUUGCAAUAUAACAAAAUUUUGGCUUUUAAAAGCAAAGAAACAUUUGAAUAUAUAUAAAGUCUAUUUUUCUAAUUUCAA